AUGGCGCAAACUUGUUCGUCCGGAAGAUCAACCCCAGUACGAGGCUCCGGAUAUGAUGCCCUGAAAACGCCCCCGAAUCCACAAGUGAUAGAGGUCGAGGACGACGCCUCCGACAAAUCAAUGGAUGAUGUGCCAGCGGACGGCAAUCUUAUGAAUGACAAACCCAGCGACAACGAUGACGGGAAUGCAAGAAAGCAUUUGGAUCGCCAGGAAACAGAAAUCAACAUUGGCACUGUGCACCAUGCACAAAUGGAAAUGGAGGUAGACCAGGAGGAACUAUUGGUGGUUGAAAACGCGCAAUAUAAUUAUUCGCAUGCACAAGGUCACUUGCGACAAACACAUACCGAAGGUGCCACAAGAGUUCCAACUCGAACCCAUGACGAUGAGCCAACUUCUAGUCGACAAUCUUCCACCGACCCAGAAACACCGUGUCAGAGCCCCGGGGCAACUAAAAACAACCGAUCCCCAAUGCUGAAUAGCACCUGGGAAACGGUUAGCAGCAUGAGCGAACGCAUCAAACGGGGGCUUUGUGUAGACGAAAAGAAAAAUAUCGGACAUGCGUACUUACUUGAAGAUAACUAUGAAAUAGGGAGAUUCAAGAUUGGGAGCUCUCAAACGACAAGGAUACAGCAACGCGUGACAAACCAGAUCCGCGACUGCAAUCUUCAGGGUUGGAAUGCCAAAGCAUUCCCCCAGUUUCCACUUCGUGGGUACAUACAGCUGGAAAGGAUUGCACAUAAAGAAUUACACUUCAUGAACGAGCGCUUUAAGUGUGAAGCGUGCAAAACGGACCAUACGGAAUAUUUUCGCGGGGAAAAGGAAAUUGCUCGUGAGACUCUUGAGUUCUGGGCGCAGUGGCUCGAGCGCUGCGAACCAUAUGAUAGUGACGGUGAACUUUUGCCAUUCUGGGUUGGACGACUCGAUAUGUUGAAGAACAAAAGCCAUUACGAUAGGUACUUUCGAUGUCUGGAUCCAAGCUGCAAAAGAGAUUCUGGUAUCGACGCCUGUCGCGGAUGCCUUCGAGCAGGCUGGAAAGCCUGGACUGAACCUGAAGAUCCAGAACCUGAAGAGCCAGAAUUGGAAGAAGCAGAAAAGAAAGCGCCUGAACAGACUUUGCCGAUGUCACUGCCACUAUUUAACAUCAUCAGCGUUCUGGCCGUCACCUCCUUUGUUAUGGAAUGCAUCCCCCUUCUCGGGAAUAUUGUCAACCCAAAUGGCAUCCGGAAAAUCCAGUCUCUAUUGAUUCUAUGCCUUUGGGUUUAUCAAGAAAUGACACGCCCAACACUCGAUGUUCCAAUUGCCAAACCCGACCAGAAGCCGCCAGACGAAUUGGCGAAAACACCAAAGAAGCAGUCGACAGUGACAGGCACUAUAAGAACGGCACCCGCGAAGCUGAAUGUUUCCAGGCACGUCGAGCAGCAAGGCAACACCCCAGUGGGCAUGUCACUUCAAGAACAGAUCCCGGACACCGAACCCAUCAAGAACACAUAUUAUCGAGGCCCAAGGAUGUCUACAAACGAUGAAUCACCAUCAAAAGCAGCGCUCGCAAGGAAGCAAAAGAAUCGCCUCAACAGAAGAAGUAUCGAGCAGGCUCUCGAGAGGACGUUCAAUCUGCCCUCUAUGCAGGAGUUGUGA